AUGUCUGAUCAGGAGCGAAAAUCUGAUGCUGAGAAUAUACGUGCAUCAGAAGGAACUGACGGUGCAUUUGAGACUGUCACUGUUCCAGGUUCCACAGAAGAGCUUCAGGAGCCACAUCGACCUGAAGAGCAGCAGGACUCUGAACUAGAGUCGUUCGCUGAUGGCCGUGAGACGUGUGUGGAGUUUCAGAGUGAGCAGAGUGAGGAGAGCUACAUAAGCCUGGAAGAAGACAAUGAAGAAUCAUUCAGGGCAGAGAUUGUGUCACCCAGCCAAGUGUCCUAUACUUCAGCAAAUUAUGACAAGCAGUAUUUAACCACGUCAGAUAAUGCAGUGCAGCCAUCCACACCACAUCCCGAGGAGAACCUGCUCUUUCUGGAUAGAAUAAGGACUAUCAAGGAGUCUUUGAAAUUAUCAAGAGAAGAUUCUUCAGCAAUGGUGAAAGUUGUACUUCUUCCUGUGGCCCAGGAAAUUAUAAUGCCUUUUAAAGUCGAAACCAUGUUCAAACACCUCAAGGAUUAUUUUUCAGAGUUGUUAAAUGUUCCAUCCGAUGUGCUGCAGAUCACGGCUUCUGGAGCAAUUCUUAAAAAUAAUGAGACUCUGCUACAACAUGGAGUUAAGCCGCAGCACAUGAUGCAAGUAGAAAUCUCUUCGACAAAUCCAGAUCGGUAUCCAAUCACAAGAGUAGCUGGAGUCAGCAAUGGCUCUCGAGUCGUAACUGUCAAAGUAGAGACGGGUAUUGAUCAGUACCAGAAUGUAGCUGUUGAGAUUGUAACAUGUGACUUUCACAAACCGUUUCUUGGUGGAUUCAGACAUAAACUAACAGGAACGGAAUAUCACAAUGCUGGGACACAAACUGUACCUAAAAAGAUUCUUCAAAAACUUAAUGUAUUUUGUAGGGAUACCCAGACAGUUUAUGAGAGAAAAAAGCUCCAACAAACUACAAACACAACAUCCACACAGAUGACUAAAAUUGGUGUGUAUGUAUCAAAUAUGACGGAUAAACUGAUAAAACCAGGAAGAUAUUUUACGGCAGCUGAAUACCAUGCUCAAAGACUACAAGCGGUCCUAGUGUUACAGACUUACUACAGGAGAUGGCAUGCGAAAAUCGUGGUGGAGGAGCUGAGAAAACAGAAAAAGUUGAGGUUGCAGUGGGAGUUAGAAGAACAGCUGAGGAAGAUAAGAGAAAAAGAAGAUUGGAUGAAAAUGGACUAUUUCCGGAGACAUAAUCCUAAGACAAAAGAAGAUUUUGAACUGCUUUAUAAUGCACUAGAACUCUGGCAUCAGGAAGAACAGGCACGCAUUAGCCUAACUUUCACUGGAGCUGAAAGAAAAGCAGCUUUGUGUGAACUUCUGGAAAAAGAGACCCAGAUAAUUGCUUCCAUCGGGAGACACAGAUACAUCGCGGACGAGGAGAAUCGGGAAGCAUCGGUACAAGCUUUUCUGGAUAAGUGCUCAGCUCCAAAGACAUGGAGGACAAAUUUUGGCAAAAUAAUUGAGAUGGAUACUCAGUUCACCAUCAGAGCCAGAGAGCUGCAAAACAUCUAUAAAUGCAUUAUUCUGAAAAACCUUUCUCAAGAUGAGAGGCUGGAUGUACUCUUAACACUUAAGCACACUGUGAAGGAACAUGAAUGUAAACUGACUCAGGAAAUUCUAGAAUUGAUUGACAGAGAGGUUGACCUUAUGAUGAGAGGAGUUAAAUCUCAUAAUCUAGAAGGACUCAGGAAAAGAAUUACAACACUCUUUCUUCAUUACAUCAAAACACCUCUAUUUAAUCCUGAAGUUGCAAGACAUCUAAAGGUCCCUCAAGACCCACUGAAGUUUUAUAAGAAGAUUUACUUCUGCCACAGUUGCCAGCUCUACCUGCCUUCCACGGAAUUUUCUGUAUUGACCACCUCACAGCGCAUCUACCGGUGUCGCCACUGCUGCAACCUUGACAAUGAGACGCGAAAACGAGAGUCGUUUUUGAAGUACAGAUGUUUGCUACAGCGGCUCUACUUUUCAGAAGCUGAUUAUGAUGAUGAUUCUAAAAUUGCUUACCUGAUGCAGCUGCAGGAUAUUCAGUACCUGGUGGAGAACAUCUGGGCAUCCCAGUCAGUACUCAGUGCCUGGGACAAUCUCAAUGAUUUGGUCAUGGUCAGGUGGGAGAAGUCCUUGCAGUGGUCCCCCUGGAACUGCAUUCUCCUUACCAAAGACGAAGGCCUUGCUCAUCUCAAACUAUCAAGUAUAGAAGAGGGAUAUGAACCCUUGUUUAUUCACAAGAUCAAACACAAACAUAUCCUGGCUAAGAACUAUUUUUCUCAGAUUCCAGUGCUGGCUUCAUUCAUACUUGAUGACAAAGACAUGGACGAGAUCAGAAAGAAGCAUCACCCCAAAACAUCACCUAAGAUUAUCGAGUCCAAGAGGCCCUGCCCUUAG